UGCAGCAUCCGCAGUGGCCGGGCCACCACCGUCUAUGCCUCCAACAGGCGCUGCCGGUGCUCAGUCUGCCUGCCCAGCACCUGCCCACACCUGAUCCGCCUCCUCCAACCCUCCUGCUGCGCCCCAUCCCCACCCUGCUGUCAGCCCGAUACCUUCAUGCCCUCCUGCUGGCUGCUCAGCUCCUGCCACCUGACCCCUGGCCUGAGUGGGAUCUCCCUGAUGACCCACACUCAGCCUUGAAGCGAAGGGCCCUGUGAGCCCUGCUGCUGA